UGCCAACAACUUGCAUAAUAUUUGAAGACAUAAUUUGGUCUGCAAAUUUGGCAAUUAUUCUUUUCCAUAUCCACCAAAAUUUAAUCAGCAAUAUAUAUCUUACAGCAGAUAUGUCCACCAAUAAGGCCAGACUUCUGUUUCAACAUGCUUACCAACAAUGACGUUACUAUUAUAUUCUAAUUUGAUUAUGUUUUUAUGUUUCUAUGAUUCAUUUGCCUUAGAUUGUUAGCUGAAGAACGUGCAGGGCCUGCAAGUUUUUCGACGUGCCAUCCAUUUCUAUUGUGGUACAAAACUUGGAGCUAGCAUGGAUAAGAGUAAAAACCUCAAAUAUCUUAGAAAAUGGCAGUGGCAAUUUCUAAGAAAAAAUCAAAAAAAUCAUACAAAAAAGAUGAAGAGCGCGGCAUAUCAGAUGCAGGUCUGUUCAGACUUCUGAACAGAAUUCCAGCGACUUUUCUUCUCAUUGUUAUAGUCUUUAUAUGGUCUUCUUCCACCACUAUAAUCUCUGGUUCUAUCGUCCAUGUUUGUGUAACAUCUAGGAAACUUAACAGUCUCUACUGUCUUUCUGCUGGUUCUCAACCUAAUGCCUAUGAUGUCCCUCUGAUCAACAACAGCUCUGGUUUUUCAGUUGUUCAAAAAAGAAGUUUAGUCCUUAAUAAUAACACCCUGAAAACGCCAGCUGAAAACACCAAAUCUGCGGUUUCAAACCCAAUCAUCACUUCCACCCCACCUUCAGUACUCAGGGAGAGCAUUGAUAUACAACUGCAUAACCAAGUAAGUGACAAGGCAAAUGCAGAUGAUAAAGAGAAUGCUAAGAAGGAUGUGGAAGGGCAACUAGCAAUCCUACGAUCCUACAUUGCAAAGUCGAAAUCCUUAGAUUGUAAGGGAAGAGGUAUAUAUGUUUAUGACCUGCCUCCUAAGUUCAACAAGGACUUGCUAUCUAUGUGUAAUGAGAUGAUAUCGUGGCUCGACUUUUGUAAAUACUUCACAAAUGGUGCAAUGGGUGAGCCAAUGCCAGAGCUAGGGAAAGGGUGGUACAACACCUACCAGUAUUCCCUAGAGCCAGUAUUUCACAAUCGUAUUCUCAACCAUCCUUGCAGAGUUUACAGUCCAGAGGAGGCCAAGCUUUUCUUUGUACCUUUCUAUGGUGGAUUAGAUAUAUUAAGGUGGCACUUUAAGAAGGUUCCUACCGAGGUAAAGGAUUCACUCUCUAACGAACUUGUUGAGUGGCUCGACAAACAGAAGACAUGGAGGAGAAACUUCGGGUUGGAUCAUGUGUUUGUUUUAGGGAAAAUCUCUUGGGAUUUCAGAAGGUCAGAGAAUGCUUCAUGGGGAAGCCGUCUGUUGGAGCUUGAUGAGCUUCAAAACCCGAUGAAGCUACUAAUUGAACGACAACCAUGGCAUCUCAACGAUGUAGGGGUUCCACACCCGACUAACUUCCACCCUAGCUCAGACCAAGAUAUCAUAUCAUGGCAGGAGAAAAUCAUGCAGGUGGACAGGAAGUACUUAAUCAGCUUUGCCGGGGCCCCACGUAAGGCCCCGGCUAGCAUAAGAUUGGUCCUCAUUGAGCAAUGCACUUCUGCACCAGAAGUGUGUAACUUUUUGGACUGUGGAGGACAAAACUGUGUUGAUUCUGCACCUGUUAUGAAACUUUUCAUGGAGUCAGAGUUCUGCCUUCAGCCUCCGGGUGACAGUGCAACAAGGAAAUCAGUGUUUGAUUCUCUUAUUGCUGGUUGUAUCCCUGUUGUGUUUGAUCCUUUCACGGCGCACUACCAAUAUCCAUGGCAUUUGCCUGAAGAUCAUAGGAAAUACUCGGUGUUUAUAGAUAAGGAGGAGGUGAAGAUGUCUGAGGUGAAUGUUAUUGAGGAGCUUGUGAAGAUCCCUCUGUUAGAAAGACAACAGAUGAGGAAGUAUAUUGUAAAUGAGUUGAUGCCUAGGUUGGUUUAUGCAAGUGCUGAUGCUAACUUGGAGCAAUUUGAUGAUGCGUUUACAAUUUCUGUGAAUAAUUUGCUUGAAAGGGCUGUUAGAAGAUUACCUUAAUAUUAGGAAUAUAAGGGCUGUUUUUUUUUUUUUUUUUUUGUUUUAAAGUUGUUUUGUUAUGAAAAAAUGCUGUUAUUUCUGAAUGUUUUGUGUUAGAGAUGAGCCGUAUAAAUGUAAAAUGCUCAAUUUCUUAGGGACGGAUGAUGAAGUACAGCAUUACAGUUUUGGUGUAUUGUUUUGGAUCCCUUUAAGUUUUGAAGUGUGUUUAAGGAUCCGAUAAACUUAUAGAAUCAUAGUGGUGCACUGGUGCAACGUAUAAC